AUGGAUACAAGGCAAAGACGACUCAAUGGCCAAGCGAGGGUUUCACGAUGCGAACGGAUACGACUGACAUUUCAUGACCGCAACACUUCACUUUGUAUAUUAAUUUUCGUCUCAUUACUUGCUGUUCUCGAUGCGAAUGAGUUUAAUUACGAGGAUCAAAUAAGCACUACGAGUUCACAAGCGUCAAGCCUUCGAAAAGCUUACACCAACGAAUGGGCGGUCAGAAUUGCUGGCGGCUCUGAUGAAGAGGCUGCGCGACUCGCGGCCAAGUACGGGUACCAGAAUUUGGGUCGAAUCAUUCCGGGUGAAGAGUAUUUUUUGUUUCGCAAUGUCAACCAACGAAGUCGUUCAUCACGCAAGACACGAAGUCUGCAGCUGAGUCGCAUCUCGCAUGAACCUGAGAUCCUGUGGAUGGAACAGCAAGUGGCGAAGAAGCGUGUGAAGCGCGACUACAGGCAACGGCCGCGGCGAGGUCGACCUAUGAGCGAGAAUGACAUUGCUUUCGGUGAGGACGAAGCUUUUGUGAGCAAAUCACGAAACAGAAAACAACCGGACCCAAAUGAUCCUCUUUGGACCGACAUGUGGUACCUGAACCGCGCUGAGAUCACUGGGAACUCAAAGAUGGACCAUAAUGUGAAGGAAGCGUGGGACCUCGGCUAUACAGGUCGCGGCGUUGUGGUGACGAUCCUUGACGAUGGCCUGGAACGAACGCAUCCAGACAUUGCGCCUAAUUACGAUGCGCGCGCUUCCUAUGACGUCAACGAUCGCGAUGACGACCCGAUGCCUCGCUAUGAGUAUUCGGAUGAAAACAGGCACGGGACAAGAUGUGCUGGAGAGGUGGCUGCUAUCUUCAACAACAGUUUAUGUAUCGUAGGAAUCGCCUACAAUGCCAGGAUCGGAGGUAUUCGUAUGCUUGAUGGCGAUGUCACGGAUGCUGUCGAGGCAGCGUCAUUGGGCCAUAACUCGGACUACGUGGAUAUAUACAGUGCCUCUUGGGGUCCGGAUGAUGAUGGACGGACCGUCGACGGCCCUGCAAAGCUAACAAGGGCCGCCUUUGAGAGAGGAAUCAGAGAAGGACGUCGAGGAAAAGGCUCAGUUUUUGUGUGGGCUUCCGGCAAUGGAGGGAAAGACGCAGAUUCAUGCAAUUGCGACGGAUACACGAACAGUAUCUACACUCUCUCCAUAUCAGCUGCUACUGAAAACGGAAACAUUCCAUGGUAUUCUGAAGCGUGUAGCAGCACAUUGGCAAGUACAUACUCGAGUGGAGCAACAGGAGAGAAGAUGAUCGUCACCACUGACCUACACCAUGCUUGUACUAACACUCACACUGGCACGUCCGCAAGUGCACCCUUGGCUGCCGGAAUCGUAGCGCUUACACUUGAGGCUAAUCCGGAUCUUACGUGGCGCGAUCUUCAGCAUAUCGUCAUUCGAGCAGCCAAACCUAUAAAUCUCCGUGCAGGCGAUUGGGUGACAAAUGGUGUUGGAAGAAACGUCUCGCAUUCAUUUGGCUACGGUCUGAUGGAUGCUGGCGCAAUGGUACAGCUAGCUAGGAACUGGACAACUGCUCCUGAACAACACAAAUGCAGACAAUUCUACCCCAGCAGAUUUAAGACUAUACCACACGGCAAUCGCCUACAGCUGCAAUUGUAUACGGACGGAUGCGCGGGUUCUCCCGAUGAACAAGUUGUGUACCUGGAACACGUACAGGCUAUCAUCACGCUGAAAGCACCGAAGCGGGGUGACAUCCAGAUCUACCUCACCAGUCCUUCAGGUACAAGGUCCACACUGCUGACGAAGCGGGCUCGGGACACAAGUCGAGCGGGCUUCAUCGAAUGGGCCUUCAUGACCACUCAUAGUUGGGGAGAGCUUGCCGCUGGUUUAUGGACGCUUGAGGUUGACAACGACGGAUGGGACGACGCCGAACUUGUCAAAUGGGAUUUAGUGAUGUUCGGGACUGUAGAUGAGACUACACAGUAUGGCGGAGGACAUAACUCAGCUCUUACUGCCCGAUCCUUGGCUCACAUUGAGGAAGUCCGCAAGAGCACUGCUCUGUCUACGUUGAGGCGUUUAUUCGCAUCUCUUUCGUUGCCCAUCGGUUUUCUGAGGAUUGUCCCCGUUGAAAGAGGAUUAAUCCGUCCCGAUUCCUUCGCACUCCCCGUUACGGUACCGGAUUCGUUUGUGAUUUUUCGCUUCACUUUCCCGUCAUCUUGUCGUUGUUCCACGUUUCUGCCACCUCCAGCGUAUUCUCUAGUCGUCAUCUCCGUCGUGUUUAUACUUAGAUAUGAGAGCUUUAUGAUUCCGAACAGUGCAAAUGAUUUGUAUCCUUUCACAAUUUCGAGAAAGAGAUAA